AUGAAUGAGGAUACCUAAAUUCUUUUAAAAAAGAUAUUAGAAAUGUAAUUGGAAUGCACAUAAUUAUUAACAAACAUUUUAUUUAAAAAGAAUGCAACAUCAAGUGAUGGUGAAUAAUAAUAAUAGAGCAAGAAAUUUGAAUAAUUAGAGGAAUCUAAGAUAUAGUUGGAUGGUCCAAAAAAGAGAGGAAGAAAAUCAUUAAAACCAACAAAUUAUGUAGAUACAGUUUUAUAAAGUGAAGAAGAUAUAAAACUAUAGCAAUUAUUUUAGAUGACUCCCAAAGGAUUAUUAUCUCCAGAAUAAUGUUAUAAAUAACUUAAUAUGAUUGUAUAGAAAUUUAGAUAGUUGAAUUCUUUAACUAAUAAAACACUUUAAUUAGAUAUAGAGUAUAUAAAGGCAUACCAUAGUAAAAAUAAGUUUAGGUAUCUAAGAGCAAUAACUAAAUUAUUUGUUCAGAGUAUAAAGAAUUUAAAACAGAUUUAAUCAAAAGAUAAUUCAUCUGAAAUGUUCUAAUGUCCAUCAUGUGAGUUUAUAGGAAUUAGUAGUGUAUUCUUUCCUCACAUUUUAAAGAAGCAUUGCUAAAACUAUCAUAUAUUUUGUUGUUUUCUUUGUUCUAAAGAUUAUUAAUCUCAUACAUUACUUCUUGGUCAUUUAAAGAAGUAUCAUAGCAAUUAUAGAAAACAUUAGAAUUUAGAGACAAACUAAUAAUUACAAUAAAUUGAUGAUCUGAGCAUAAGUUUAUGA